AUAAAGCCACCGACCCCAGCGUUCCCGAGGAGGACUGGGAGUGCAUCCAGAGGUUCUGUGCCCAGGUGAACGCCGACACGGACGGCCCGUCGCUGGCGCCGAGGCUGCUGGCACACAAGAUCCAGUCGCCCCAGGAGAGGGAAGCUCUCCACGCUCUCACAGUGCUGGAGACCUGUGUGAACAACUGCGGUGAAAGGUUUCACAGGGAAAUAGCCAAAUUCAGGUUUCUGAACGAGCUGAUCAAAGUGCUUUCCCCGAAGUACUAUGGGACCUGGUCUUCAGAAAAAGUCAAGUCGAGAGUCACAGAAGUAAUAUUCAGUUGGACAGUCUGGUUUCCUCAGGAAGUGAAAAUCCGGGAUGCUUAUCAGAUGCUGAAGAAACAAGGCAUUGUAAAAGAAGACCCCAAAGUGCCAGAAGACAAAAUUUUACCUCCCCCUUCUCCCAGACCUCAGGAUUCGAUUUUUGACACAGAUGAAGAGAAAUCCAAGCUCCUGGCGAGGCUUUUAAGGAGCAGCCGCUCGGAAGACCUGCAGGCUGCCAACCGCCUGAUCAAGAGCAUCAUCAGGGAGGAACAAGAAAAGUCAGCUAAGGUGUCCAGAAGAGUGGAUACCAUCAGCGAGGUGUCUGAGAAUGUUAAACGUAUCAGUGAAUUACUGGAAAGCUACAAGAGGCAAGAAUUAUCCAAAUCUGACCAGGAGACCCUGCAGACGCUGUUCCUACGCUGUGAGAAGCUCCGGCCGCUGCUCUUCCGCCUGGCCAGUGAGACGGUGGAUGACGACGAGGCCCUGGCUGAGAUACUGCAGGCCAACGACAAGCUCGCGCAGGCGCUGGGGCAGUACAGGCAGGUGGUGAGCAGCCAUGAAGGUGGUGGAGGAGGAGGAGGCUCAGCCGCCAGCUCCGCUGAUGCACCAGCAUGCCGGCCGCCCCCCAGGCGCAUGAAGAGCUACACGCUGAUUGACUUCUCCGAGCUGGAGCUGACGUCCCAGCCUCCUGCAGAGCAAUGUGCCAACACCACCACCACCUCCCGGCAUGGCAGCUCGAGCUCUGCCUGUCUGCUCGAGGAGGAGCUGCAGUCGUUAGGUCUCGGCAACUCUCCUGUUGCGCAGAAACCACCGCCUGAUUUUGGCUUAGUGGAGACUGCUGGACACAACGGAUACAGUGAAUCUGUGAGCGCUGUUCAAGCACUGGGACUGCAGGAGGGGAGCGGAUUGCAGGGCCUGGCUGAUCAGCUCUCUCCACCGCCCAGGACCAAGACCUUAUCCUUGGAUUUAUCACCAGUGAAAUUGCCUUUUCCAGAUCUUCCCAAUAGCUCAAUGGCAGAUCCUUCACUCCCCAGCCCAGGCUACGAGCUGAAGCCUGCUGCCUCUUUGCAUCCAGCUUCCCGUGAUGCUUCUCUAGAAAACCUUUUUGUCCCUUUAAUUUCAAUUACACCGAGCAGCAUCUGUCCGCUCACUGUGUACGACAGGAAUGGUUUCAAGGCCAUGCUCCACUUCUCCAGGGAGCCGGCUCCUGGCCGGCCAGAUGUGCUGGUGAUGGUUCUCUCCAUGCUGAGCACAUCAGUGCAGCCAAUUAAGGACAUCGCGUUCCAGGCUGCAGUCCCAAAGACCAUGAAAAUCAAGUUGCAGCCCGCAUCCGGCUCCGAGCUGCCUGCCUUCAGCCCUCUUCUCCCCCCCGCCGUGGUGUCCCAGGUCCUGCUGCUCGCCAAUCCGCACAAGGAUCCCGUCCGGCUGAGGUACAAACUGGCGUUCAGGCAAGGCACGCAGCCCUUCAGCGAGGUGGGAGAGCUGACCCUGCUGUAG